AUGUUCUUAGGGUUUGCUGGAGGAGGUCCAUUUGCCCAGGACGGAGCAGCAGUAAAUUAUGUAUGCCUACCACACGAUCCAGACUUUUAUAAUGGAGACGUAUCUAUGAGUCCAUAUGGUCAUAUGAGUACUAUGUAUGACGCAGAGUACGAAGAUAAUUAUUUCGGUCCCAACAUGUUUCAGAAGGAUGUCCCAUGCGCUGUAUGUAGAGCUACCGAAGCGUCAUCUAUUCUGAUGAUACCAGGGAAAUCACAAUGCCCGUGGACAUGGAAACGAGAAUAUUAUGGAAGGCUUGCUGCUGGAGGCGAUGACGGAAAUGGAAUUGUUGCAGCUUCUGAAUAUGUUUGUGUUGAUUACAGUCCUGUCUCCUUAGAAGGCGGACAAGCCAACGAAGAUGGAAAGUUAUUUGUCCCUGUUAAAGCUGUUUGUGGGACACUGAGGUGUCCUCCGUAUAAGGAUAACGCAUUCUUAACAUGUGUUGUUUGUUCAAAAUAA